UUGUAGGGCUCUGUAAAGGACGCCCAGGCGACGUAAGGGGCUCCUGGGCCCCAGCCGGGACCGCAGACCCGCCGGGCCCAUGGCCGAGCGGGAGGAGCGGCGCUUUGUGGAGAUCCCCCGGGAGUCGGUGCGGCUCAUGGCCGAGAGCGCCGGGCUGGAGCUGAGCGACGAGGUGGCCGCGCUGCUGGCCGAGGACGUCUGUUACCGGCUUCGCGAAGCCACCCAGAACAGCUCUCAGUUCAUGAAGCACACCAAACGGCGGAAGCUGACGGUAGAGGAUUUCAACCGGGCACUCCGCUGGAGCAACGUGGAGGCGGUGUGCGGGUACGGCUCCCAGGAGGCGUUGCCUCUCCGCCCCGCCAAGGAGGGGGACCUCUACUUUCCCGAAGACAGGGAGGUGAACCUGGUGGAGCUCGCCCUGGCAACCAACAUCCCCAAAGGCUGCGCCGAGACGGUCGUGAGAGUUCACGUCUCUUACUUGGAUGGCAAAGGCAACUUGGAGCCUCAAGGAUCCGUGCCCAAUGCCGUUUCCUCGUUGACGGACGACCUGCUCAAGUACUACCAGCAAGUCACCCGGGCUGUGCUGGGGGACGACCCCCAGCUGAUGAAGGUUGCCCUUCAGGAUUUGCAGACCAACUCCAAGAUCGCGGCCCUGCUGCCUUACUUCGUUUACGUGGUCAGCGGGGUGAAGUCAGUGAGCCACGACCUGGAGCAGCUGCACAGGCUGCUGCAGGUGGCCCGGAGCCUGGUCCGCAACCCGCACCUCUGCCUGGGGCCCUACGUCCGCUCCCUGGUCGGCAGCGUCCUCUACUGCGUCCUGGAGCCGCUGGCCGCCUCCAUCAACCCCCUCAACGACCACUGGACGCUGCGCGAUGGGGCCGCCCUGCUCCUCAGCCACAUCUUCUGGACUCACGGGGAUCUGGUGAGCGGGCUGUACCAGCAGAUCCUCCUGUCGCUGCAGAAGGUGUUGGCCGAUCCCGUGCGGCCCCUGUGCUCGCACUACGGCGCCGUCGUGGGCCUGCACGCCCUGGGCUGGAAGGCAGUAGAGACGGUCCUCUACCCUCACCUGUCCACUUACUGGGCCAACCUGCAGGCCGUGUUGGAUGACUACUCCGUCUCCAAUGCUCAGGUCAAGGCCGACGGGCACAAAGUCUACGGAGCCAUCCUGGUGGCGGUGGAGCGGCUGCUGAAGAUGAAGGCCCAGGCCGGCGGGGCCGGCGAUGGCGGAGCAGCGGGCCGUCGCCCGGAGGACCUGCCCUGGGCCAGCCUCCUCCUGCAGGACUCGCCGGCCGCGGGCGAGCCGGGCUUCGGGCCAGGGGGUCCCUCGGCCCCGGGGGCCGUGGGGCUGGGGACCCCCGCGCCCCCCGCGCCGCUGGGAGACACCUACCGGGAGCUGUACGCUUUCUUCGGGGACAGCCUGGCCACGCGCUUCGGCACGGGGCAGCCCUCCCCGGCCGCCCCGCGGCCCGCCGGGGGCAAGAAGGAGCCGGCGGCCGCGGCCGAGGCCGUCCGCAAGAUGCCCCAGCUGACGGCCAGCGCCACGGUCAGCCCCCGCGAGGAGGAGGGCGGCGGCGGGGGCCGGGGGCCGGCGGGGGUCCCCGCGGCCUGCGCGCUGCCGCCCGCCGAGAGUCGGCCGCCACCGCCGGCGAUGCCACCGGCGAUGCCGCCCGCGGUGCGGCCGCACCGGCCCCGCGGGGCCCCGCGCCAGCAGGGCCUGCGGCCCGGGGCCCGGGACGUGUUCCCGAAGAGCCGUGUGGCCCCGCGGGGCGCCCCCCACUUCAGGUUCCUCAUCGCCGGGCGGCAGGCCGGGCGCCGGUGCCGGGGGCGGCUCUUCCAGACGGCCUUCCCGCCCCACCACGGGCCCAGCCCCGCUUCCCGCUACGCCCAGAAGCUGCCCAUGAUCGGCCGCACGGCCCGGCCCGCCCGCCGCUGGGCCCUCUCCGACUACUCCCUGUACCUUCCCCUCUGAGGGAAGGAAGGAAGGUGGGCCGCGGCCCCCUGCUCUCUCCACCCUCCCCGUCCCCCCGUGACCCCUUUUUCUGCUGCCGGGCCCGGUCGGGGGAUCUACCCACCUCCCACCCCCAGCUGCCAUUUUCUUCCUCUCCUUCUGCCCCAAGGGAGAACCCCAUCCAGCAGCCCCCCUACCCCUAAUGGGUCUCUGUUUGGUGUCUCGUUCGUCUCUUCAUCAUCAUCAUCAUCAAUCGUAUUUAUUGAGCGCUUACUAUGUGCUCUCUCCACCCUCCCCGGCCCCCGUGACCCCUUUUUCUGCUGCCGGGCCCGGUCGGGGGAUCUACCCACCUCCCACCCCCAGCUGCCAUUUUCUUCCUCUCCUUCUGCCCCAAGGGAGGCUGAGGGGGGUGAGGAGGGCCGCCCAACUCGCCCCUUUUUGGGGGGAGACUGGGGGGGACGG